AUGCUGGUUCUAGUCGUUUCUUCACUUUCCGUUCUUAUUUCUACUGUCGGCGCGGCAGAAAAUGUCGAACUUGGUAAAGAUCUCAGUGUAACUCUGGAUCUGAUCAAACAUCAACCGUGCAGAGGUUAGUCCCUUCUACCUGAUAGUAAUAUAGUGAGCCUUUAAUAUUUCAGACGGAAAAUGGACUAAAAAGUUAGAGUUUGAGCCUGGCAAUGAUAGAAAAGGUCCCAAGUUAGAGCCUCAAGCAGACAAGCCGAACUGCUUCACAAUCGGUGGAAAAGUGGAAGUUCUCGAGGUAUGUUUUGAGUAGCAAACUUUUCCUACGAAUUCGAGAACUUUAGGAUUUUGGAGGAGAGUUUUCCAUUUAUCUUGAGCUCAAAAACACUGCCAAAAAGAACACUGUGCCAGAGAAAUGUGUGCGGCAACCAGAAAACGGAUGCGGAGGAUUUGGGUCUUGGUAAGUACGGAAAUUAAAGUUGCUUAACAAACUACAUAAUUAUUAGCCUGUACUGUAACGCUUGUGAAACGUUUGGCGACAAAUUGGGAGUUCAAGCUCAGUUACUGCUCGACGGAAAGCCGAUCAGUUGCGCGGUAAUUCUUUAUUUUCAAUGCUUCCAACUGAACUUCUGGUUUCUUUAAAGGAUGGGCUCAAAAAAGGAAGUUAUGACAACCUCAAAUUGGCUUUCUGUCUUCCUGACAUUGAUGACGUCAUCAGCUCGCAAGGCCUCAGCAAAGAAUCAUUCUUGCAGUUGAUCCAGGCGGAUGUAAGUUAUUUUGUCGGAACAGAUAUCACCGAACGCUGUAUUUUUGAAGGAUUCAACCGCAGUCAGAGCUAUGGGAAUUUUCGCGACAGUUUACGUUUUUGACUCCGACGUCAGCAAGCAAAUGGCCACGCAGAUCAAAAUCGAAGGAGUUUAUAGAAGAACAAAAUACAGCUUCUUCAAGGUUUUGAAAGCAAAUCUCUCACAUAAUUCAUAUCAUAAUACGAGUUCAGGAUCAACCACUUCCAGCUGAGGUGUACUGGUCUCUGCCAUUCAACCAAUUGAUCAAGAACCAACAAAGCUACGUGGCAUGCCAUAAGAUCUACGGAAACCUAAAAGUGAACAGAAAGUGA